AUUCUGUUCAAUGUGUAUUGGGACAUUUAAGUCAUUGUAAUACAUUAAAUGAAUGUGGGUGUACGGAUAAUCAUAACAUUUGUACUUGGGUUGUAAUUAACAUUGAAGGUUUGAAGACAGAGACAAUGCUUUCAAUCAGAAGUAUCCAAACCCACGUUAACAGUUACUGUAUAUAACAGACAUGGAAUUCGUAACGAUGGAACUUAAAAUGCAAAGGAUAUAUUUCUAAAUAUGUAAAUAUUGAUACUGUGGAGUAUAUUAAUAUGAAUUAUGUCAAUCAGCAACACUUUGAUAGGAAGACUUGAAACAACGUAACCCGGCCAUUCCAGUCGUUUUUUCCCGACUCAUUGCCGAUCGCUACUAUAUGCCACUAACAGGCGCAAAAUUAUUCUAGUUAGGGAAGGACGUACUUGUUUUUAAGCUUGAAAUUCAGAAAUUUUGAAUUUUCUAAAGUGAAUGAAGAUACAAUGUCACAGAAUACAACAACGAGCUAUGCGUUGGAGACCCUCAAUGAUGACAUGGCGCAUCGAUUACUUCCGGUUAUAAUUAUUGUUGGAAUAUAUAUGAUUCUUGGUUUGUUCGGAAAUCCUCUAGUCGCAAUAUAUUAUGGAUUAUAUGCGAAGAACACACCUUCUCAUCAUUUUAUUCUGUCUCUAUCUAUAUUGGAUUUAGUCAUGUGUUGUGUUGAUAUGCCAUUAGAAAUAGUCGAUCUCCGCCAUUAUUAUAAUUUUGAAAGUGUUGCAGCGUGUAAAUGUCUGCGAUUCAUCAGUUAUUUUUGCAGUAUUGCGUCAGGUUGCAUUUUAUUGGCUAUUGCUACCGAUCGUUACCGAAAGAUAUGCCAACCGUUUAAAAAGCAGAUUACAUUAAAAAUGACUAAAAUUAUGAUAGGAAGUGCUUGUUUGUUUUCUUUGUUUGUGUCGUGGCCGAGUUUGGUGUUUUAUACAGUAGUCAGGGUAAACGUCACAAGAGUUCCGGCAUUAGAAGGUUUUGAUUGUACUUUGUUGAAAGAUGACGAGUACACCGCAUUAGUGACUGCUUAUAACAUAUUUCAAUUCGUGUGUUUCAUUUUCGCUAUCACUAGUCUUACUGUUUUGUACACUUUAAUUGGAAGAAAACUAUAUCAACUGCGGAGUUUUAAAUUCUAUGCGACACAGAAUACUGCUAGGAGUGAUAAAGGUCAACACAGCUCCUCGUAUACAAGUUACAGUGAUAAUGAAACACCGCGUUCGACGAAUCUACACCGUUUAUCAUCCCACAUGAUCGAAAUUCCGGACGAAAUUGAUGACAAGCCGCUAGCGACAAUAAAAGUAUUAAGCAGCGGAAGUAGCUAUUACAAUAAAAGUAGACCCACUUCGGCUUCGUCUGGAUAUAAAUCCGCAUCGUUUAGUUCUAGAGGGUCAAAGAUUCAUCCAGAAAGAAAAGAAAACGAAGAAUCAUCUUUAUCCGAAGCAAGAAUAUCUCGAACAAAAUCAGAUGUAACACCAAAACGGACAAAGUCUGACGUUACUAAUGGCGUCAUAAAAGGUGUAUCAAUAAGUAGUAUAGAAAUUCCGGAACGAUUACGGUAUAAUGGAUCUGUAAAAUACGCAUUUUCAGAGAGAUCCAUUAUGAGUAAAUUUGGAUCUUCAAUAUCGAAAGUGUCGCAUUUAACUGAGUAUGAUGAUGCUUAUUUUACACCCGAAAAUCAAUCUGAGACUCGGGACGCAAACCCAGUUGGAGAUAUUGAUGACAGCGGGAAAAAAUUAAAGGCACAAAAUAUACGCACGACAAAAUAUACUGUCAUUAUGUUGUCAAUUACCAUAACAUUUGUGCUGACUUAUCUCCCAUACCUCGGUCUAAUUACAUGGCGGACAUUGGAAGAAGACAGACUUUCAGAAAUCAUGACGAAAUCAGAACUUGUCGCCCUUGAGUUAUUUCUGCGGUCAUUUUUGAUCAGCAGUAUAGCGAAUCCUUUUAUAUACGGAUUUCUCAAUACUGGUUUUAGGAACUUCGUGAAAAGUGUAUUUAAAAAGAGCUGUUGGUGCUGUCCAUGUUUCAAAGAGAAGGUGAACAGAUUCUCAGAAACCGACCAUUCGUAUUCAAAUGAAGCAACAAAUAAGACUACGUAGUAUCUUAGGAAAGACAAC